UUCUUAUGCAAAAGAAGCAGUCCAAGAUUAUGAAACGCAAGACAAGGCAAGGGAAAGCUUUGGAGAAUCGGGCGGCAGGAUCAUUCAUGGAUGUCUUACAAGAAGCAAAUCUGGAAUCCCUGCCUCCUCAUGUCCCAACAUAUUUGAGGGCUGCUGUGGGUCCACCAAGCACUUCAUCUCGACGGCACUACUGUUCAGUCUGUGGUAG